AUGGAAUUGAAUCGAUUGAGUUUGCAAGUGACGGAAUUGGUGAUUUCAUCGAAUUGCUGCAACGAUCUGGAUGCAUUGGAUUUGAGCAAGUUCGAAUGGCUGCGGACGAUUGAAAUCGGUGAUGGGUGUUUUGAGUCGGUGAAGACGUUCAAAAUGGAUGGAUUGAAUCGAUUGAAGAGUUUGAAAGUCGGAAAGAGUUCGUUCACGCAAGUGAAGCAAGAGGAAUGGGAUUUGAGUUGGGACCAAGCCUAUCGGCAGGCAAACAAUUCGUCCAAAUCAUUUCAUCUAUUGAAUUGUGAAUCGUUGAAAUCCAUUGAAAUCGGAGAAUAUAGUUUUAGUGAUUUUGGAGGUGAGUUUGAGUUGAAAAGUCUGCCUGCAUUGCAAAUCCUCGUCAUUGGCGUUCCUGGUAAAUUGUCGAGCAAUUUUUGGUGGAGUUCAUUUGUGGUUCAGGAUCUUUCGAAUCUCAAAAAUAUCAAGUUGGGCAAUUGCUCUUUUUGUUUAUCCUCCACAACAGUGAUGGAAAAUCUUCCGUCAUUGCAAUCCAUUGAGCUUGGCUGGUGUGCUCUUGAGGGAAAAGAUAAUGAUGUUGUAUGCUCGUUGCGAUUGCGAAAUCUUCCAGAUUUGCUGUCCAUUAAUUCUAUGGAGUACAGCUUCUAUAAUCCUCGUACUGUGAAACUGGAAAAUAUUCCGAACCUUCAGAAUGUGAAAUUGCCUCAAGCCUUCAAGAAAGUGCAAACAAAAUCCAUUUUCAGUAAUUUGCUUUUGGAGGAUUCAUUUUAUCAUAGAUGCUUCUUCCAAGCUCGCGAAUCUUGUUAA